AUGGUCGAGAAGCGGAGAUUUUCCGCACGAGCUUCGACGGCGGUCAAGAAGCGCAAGUCCGAGGCUGCUCCCCAGACACGAAACAAUGCGACACCCGCAAAAUCCAAAGCAGCGACACCUGCCCGAGCUCCGAGCACGUCAGAGCCAUUGGAAACUCUUCCGGUGAAGAUAAAUGAUGCGUUUCUAUUACCAACUUUAGAUAAGCCACAGCCAGCGGGUCUGUCCUUGAACGACUAUCAGUCCUUUGCAGAAAGUGCCGUCGUUGCUGCUGCCCUACAUCGAUCGCAGGCGAGAUGGCUUCACAAUUGCCUUUUCGAGAAAUACUGGACGAAGCCUUCAAGAAAAAAGGGCCAGCCGCCUCCCCCGAACCCACCGAAGGAAUCAAUGACGAAGUUGGGCCCGUGUACGAUCAUAAUUGAACCUCAUCGCUUCGAUGUCAUGCUCUAUACUGUGCGCAAUCCGCAAUCACACCCCCAGGUGCAUCGUCCUGCCCCGUUGCCUCAAAAACCUUUGAUUCAUGUCCAAUAUACCGCGCCGAAUGGCACCAGCAACUUCCACCAAUAUCAACCUCGCCAACCGAUAAUUCCUCAAGCCCGGCCAUCUCUUCCAAACUCACUGCAUCCCUCAACUACCCCUCUGAACACACCCGCUACUCCGUCUCAGCAUCCCCUGCCACCACUGCAGGCGAAUUGUGGACAAGGACAGCAAACGACUCCGUCGGCAACACCAUCCGGCCCCCCAACACAACCUUCUUCACGGCCGCCCACCUCGCAUGGUGAACCGUCAACUUCCACACCACUACGACCCCCAGAUACCUCUGCACAAGCUCCCAAAAGCAAUCCAGAUCCGGUUAUACAGAUGCUAGCUACGAGGGCGGCUAUUGACCCAGAAUUAAAAGCUCUAAUGCGCGUGGUAGCAUCUAGCGAGGCGAGUCAAGAGCAAUUGCGUGCCUUUCAGGCUCACAUCGAUGAACUCAAUGCAAUAAUUGCAGGCAAGAAUCGCCAGGGACAGCUUCAUAGCCAGCGAGAAAACCACACUUAUACCUCACAGGCCAAUGCGGCAUUCACCCCACAACAUUCAAUAAAGCAACCUACUCCCCACCAUACAGCAGAACCUUCCCCAAAACCAUUUACCUUUCACUCCCAACCUCAACGUUCUGCUCCUUCACAGCCUCAACUGCCGCCCCAACCCAUUUCCACUCCGCCGAUUCGAUCCAAAUUCCAGCCCCCAAUCCCACCUAACUCUUACGUCCACCAACCCAGACCAUACCUUCAGCCCACAAAAUCAGAUGUGAAAGCAGUUGUCUUUGAGUUUGUUACCCCUCCUGGACCUGGAUUAAGCGCCCCCGGCGAUAGAUAUCUCCUGCCUGAGAAUAUGAUUAUUGAUUAUAUACCACCGGGCACGCAAGUGAUUGCAUCUUUUCUUGUCAUCAAAAAAGCAAACGCUUCUGGAUUGCCACUGGAUUCUAUACCGCCGACUACCGCGAAGACAAAAACAAAAAAGCCCAAGACUGCUCCUGCCUCUACUGCUUCUAAUAUAACAUCUCGUCCCUCGGCUCUCCAAGAAACUUCACUGAAAAUGGAACCUACUGAAAACUCUACCGAGGACGCAUCGCAGGCACAUACGGACAGACAUGAAAACUCACCGCACAAGGAGUAUUACCAGCCCAUUACAAUGCGCAUACUCUCAAAUAACCCACGUACCCUUGAACCUCUUGCCCGAGUCGUUAAGCCUCUACCAGAAGUUCAACGAUACAUGAACAGCGUGAUGGACCGAAUGUCACGAGCCCCUAUUCGCUAUCUUGCUAUGAAACUACCGCGUGAAAAGCUCACCAAAAGCGGCACUGAAGACGACGAUGCUGUAGAUACAAAAGGGCGAGCGGGGGCAGCAUGUAGAGGCAGAGGUAAGAGUGAAGGCGGCGGAAUGGCCAAGGAUAACACGGAAGAUGAGAGAAUGCGGGAUAGCUCCGUUUUUGACGAGAGCGAAGAUGAAAUACUGGACUAUUACGAGCCUCCUAAUGGGUUGGUACCUCUGAAACACUAG